AUGUUCGAGACCCUUGGCACCGCGGACGAUGCCACAGCCGCCGCAGCCGCUGAUGCCGCGUGCUUUGACCCUGGCGCAGGGCUCCCGCUGCCGGGGCUGUUCGCGCACCCGGGGGAGCUGCCCGGGCGCCAGUGCCGACGCCGGAAAGCCCGCACCGUCUUCUCCGACUCGCAGCUCUCGGGCCUGGAGAAGCGCUUCGAGGUGCAGCGCUACCUCUCCACACCCGAGCGCGUCGAGCUCGCGGCCACUCUCAGCCUCUCCGAGACCCAGGUGAAGACCUGGUUCCAGAAUCGGCGCAUGAAGCACAAGAAGCAGAUGAGGAAAGGCUCCGACGAGAAGGGCAGCAAGGAGGAGGCGGCGACCGAGGGCAGCAGCCCCGAGCCGAGCGGCAGAGACGGCGCUGCCCCGAGCAGGGCAGAGGACGACGGCUCGCGGCUCGCGUCGGGAGCGGCGCAGAGCGAGAGGGGACCUCGGAAAGAACAGCGGGCGGAGGAUGACGAUGACGAGGAGGAGGAUGAGGAGAUCGAGAUCGUCGAAGAUGGAGAGUUCUAUUCGCUACAGCAUCAUCCGCCCGUCCAGGGCAGUCACUAGCGCUGCUGACCGCUUGACUGCCCCGUGCAGGGGAGCCCCCCAGCCGCGUGUCUCUGUCCCGUUCCACACAGCCACGGGCAAGCGGUUCGUUGUCGCAGAGAUUGUUUUGACAUGUUGGCUUUCGCGACCAAUAUCAUCCAUAAUACAGGUUUACAAUCUGAGAUUGUCAAUGUUGUUGUUUGGCUCUCCAACACACGCGUGUGCUGUACUAAUAACGAAUUGGCAUGUUCUCUUUACGUGACAAACCUUACCAAUUGGCUGUGUCGGGUGGUGGCGGGUUUAACGACGCAUUUAUACAUUUACGUGAUCUAACCCAAAAAAAAACCUGUAUUAUAGAGAUUGUUUUGCUUCAGUUCUAAUAUAUUUUAACGUUAUAGUUCUGCUUUGUAUAACCAUUGUAGUAUAUGGAGGCAUUGUCAGUAUUUAUAUUCUAUGUGCGUGCGCGUGUGUGUGUUGGCCUCAAGGUGCACAUGGCCUGGCACAGGCGUCGUGGUGACGUCACCGCCACUUAGUGGCGAAUGGCGGUUGUUGUUGUUGUACGUUUAAUAGGGAGCGGUGG